AAUGGGGCCCACGGACCGUGUUGUGGUUCUGGUGGACAUGGAUUGUUUCUAUUGCCAGGUUGAGGAGAAGUUGAACCCGGCCUUGGAGGGCAAACCGAUCGCCGUGGUCCAAUAUAAUGCAUGGCAAGGGGGCGGCAUUAUAGCUGUUAAUUAUCCGGCUCGUGACGAGGGGGUUACGAGACACAUGAGGGGCUUUGAGGCUAAGAAGAAGUGCCCGAGUAUUAAUUUGGUGCAGGUUCCAGAACUAAGAGGAAAAGCUGACUUAACCAAAUAUCGAGAUGCGGGAAAAAGGGUUGCGGAUGUUUUGCUGACUUUUACACCUCUGCUUCAACGUGCUUCAGUUGACGAGGCCUACCUUGAUAUCACGGAAAUUGUAGAAAAACGGAUUGAAAAAGGCCUGGAUGAUUUAACUUUAAUUAAUCUAAGUAACACUUUUGUUGUGGGUUGCGAACUGGAAGAUUUUCUUCAUAAUGCUAUUACUAACAAGGAAUAUUCCAUUCCCAAUUUAAAACUGGCAGUUGGAGGUCUUGUGACUGAAGAAAUUCGACGCGAAGUUUUCAAAGUUACUGGAUACAAGUGUUCUGCAGGCAUUGCUCACAAUAAAAUCUUGGCAAAACUAGUCUGCAGCUUGCACAAGCCCAACAAACAAACCAUUCUGCCCCAGGAAGAGGUUGAGAAAUUUUUUGAAACCACCCCAAUUAAUAAAGUGAAGAAUUUGGGGGGGAAAUUCGGGCAGACUCUCUCGGAGGAUUUUCACGUUACAACAAUGGGCCAAUUAGCCAAAAUUCCAGAGAAGCUUUUGGUGCAAAAAUAUGACGAAAAAACUGGCAACUGGUUACAUAAUAUUGCCCGAGGUAUUGAUAUGGAACCUGUCACUACAAAAUUAAUCGCAAAAUCCAUCGCUUGUUGCAAAAAUUUCCCGGGAAAAACUGCGCUUGUAACGGAGGAAAACGUGCAACACUGGCUGGGGAAACUAGCGGCGGAAAUGUCGGAACGGCUGGAUAAAGACUUGAAGGAAAAUAACCGAAGAGCCAAGCAAAUUAUUGUGAGCUUUGCACAGGAAGUGAACAAGAAGGACGUUCACAGCACGAGGACACAUCCCUUGGUGUCGUACAACGAACAGAAAAUAGCUCAGGCGGCUUUUGAAGUGGUUAAGAGGUUUUGUCGCAAGUCUGACGGCACUUACCAUUUGAAGUUUUUGGGGCUGAAUGCUUCCAGUUUUGACGAUAUUAAGAACGUUCGGCAAAUCACUUCCUUUUUCCAAGUUGGACCAAACCAACCAAAAAAAUCGCUGGAGAAAAAACCGGAAGUUGGAGAGCAGAGCGUUUACGACCAACCAACGCAAGAGUUAGAGGAGGACAGCAGUAACCUGAUCUUUUACGACGAUUCAUACCGAGUUAGAGAUAAUAAUGAAAAUGAACUGGAAAGUACAGAGUGUUCAAAUAUCGAAAAUGUUGAAGAGCUGGACAGACCCACGUCUUCGUUUUUUGUCAAGUUUUUCGAUAAUGAUAGCAAUGAAAACGAGCAGGAAGAACAAGACAACAUUGAAGAAAAUAAUGACUCUGAAAUGAGCGUUGAAGAAGAAACUGAACUGUGUAGCGAAUGCAAAAAGAGAAUACCAAUCUCUGAAUUAAUGUCUCAUCAAGAUUAUCACUUUGCAUUAAACCUCUCACGAAGUGAAAACGUUCCUCCCAAUUCAAACGUUAAGACUCCUCCAGUCGUUAAAAAAUCUCUCGAUUCUAUGAAAAAAACUCGAAAACGGAAAGAAAUUGAUUGUGGUAAUAAUAGCAUAAGGACAUUUUUUGCAAAGCAGGAAGAACCAACAGGUCCUACGGAGACGUGCACAGAGUGCAAUAGAAAAAUCAAAGUUGAGGAAAUGACCAGUCACAUGGAUUACCACACGGCUAAAAAAAUCCAUUUAGAAUUAAAUGCCAUUAAAACGGUUAAACCUGUGACCAAACAGUCAAAGGCAAAAUCAGGGAAAACCAAAAAUCAAAGUGCUAAUAAAAGUGUUGUUUCGUUUUUUAAGCCGUUAGGGUAAUUUUUUACUUGAUUUCAAGUGGAAAGACGAAAUUUUUGGCGAGAUGCGAGAUUAUUUCAGUUGAUUUGAAAGUCAGCAUCACCAACAUCAUUUUGAAGUCAUAGAAGUGUGCAACAAUUUUAUCAUUGUGUUUAGUUAUGAAUUAUUGAAUUUUAACAAUGAAUAAGCUUUGUAUAAAAUUAUUGUAAAACGUAGUAUUUAUUUUUAUUAAUUGUAUACCUUCUAUGUGACGUGUUAAUUUCAAAUUUUAAUAAAAAAAUCUAAUGUUGAA